CAACAAAGCGUCCGGGGUACGGGGGCCGACGAGGCUCAUGCGCGAUCGCGUCGCGUCGGCGGCGGGCCCCGUGAGCGUGCGAGAAGCCGGGAGCGGCUGAGGCUCUGACCGCGUCUGUGUGAGCACCGGUACCAGUGACCAUGACAUCCCUGCAGCUGCUCAGAGCCCCUUUCCUGUGUGGCCUGCUCUGGGCCUUUUGUGCUUCAGGUGCCAGGGCCCAAGAACACGGGGCUGGCGUCUCCCAUCACGGCAGCGUGGGCCUGGACAAGAACACAGUCCACGACCAAGAGCACAUCAUGGAGCAUUUAGAUGGUGUCAUCAGCAAACCAGAGGCAGAGAUGUCCCCGCAAGAACUGCAGCUUCAUUACUUCAAAAUGCACGAUUAUGACGGCAAUAACUUGCUUGACGGCCUGGAACUCUCCACCGCCAUCACCCAUGUCCAUAAGGAGGAGGGGAGCGAGCAGGCCCCAGUGAUGAACGAAGGAGAACUAAUGAACAUCAUAGAUGGCGUUUUGCGGGAUGAUGACACGAACAAUGACGGCUACAUUGACUACGCGGAGUUUGCGAAAUCACUGCAGUAGAUGUUGGCCAUUGGCCGUCUCCUAGUUAUAUGCAAAUGUGACCCGUGACAAUGUGAUUGAACACUUCUGGUAAUGCAGAGUAACUCAUUUCCAACUGCUGCUACAGUAUUUCAACAAAGUCCUGUAGUCAUUUAUUACACUGGGGUGAAAAAACAAAAUCAAGAGAAAUAAGAGACGAGAAACAGAUCAUUAUCAUAUAGUCCAUUCCUAAGUGCUAAGAGCUUAAUGAAAGACUGUUUUAAGGACAUUGGGUCAUGAUUACUGGGCACUAAGGAACUUGACUGUAGAACGUCGCAGGUUUCUUGGUGUUAAUACUGAAAAGUAAGACGAUGACGUUGCCAAGUGGACGCUGUCUUCAGUAUCAGUGAUGACGCUUCCCCAGUGGUCCCGUCUCUAGGCAAAUACAGUCCGUGUUCUGAUCCCCCAGCGUACAUGACCACGUGCUCUGGGCAAGAGGUUACACAUUAAGCUACAUCAAAGCCACCGCGCAAGAGGAAUGGACAAUGCUGGUCACGACUCUGUCUCUGCUGGCAUUUGGGGACUACGCACCACCGGCCCCCGGUGCCCUUUUUCAGAUCUUCAAUGUCUUGUUCACCUCCUGCCACAUUCUUGGCGCCUUUUCUGCCGCCUUCAGCCGGGAAAGGCGUUGAAUUGACAAGUGUUCUCUAAUCACUAGCAGCUGUUUCAGCUUUCUUACUCUUUGUAUUUCCCUCGUUUCUAGGGUUUCCCUUUUCUGCAGCAUGGGAACUGUUGACUUGCUUGGUGCAGCAGGUUUAAGCUUGUCUGGCCUACGUGGAAAGUGACAAGAUCAUUCAUCAGCCAUGGUCAUUAAGCCGAUCCAAGUUCUGUUUCGAAGGAAUGUUUAAAUUACCUCUUCCAGCCUGAACACACAAAUUCAUCCAUUUCAGGGAAGAUUAGGAAAAGCCCUAAAACACCCCAUAGCCGUGAACCUCGGUAGUAACCUGAAAGCGAGAAGCCACAGGUUGUAACUUGGUUUGUUGGAUGUGAUAGAAAUGCUGUAAAAGAAAAAUCCUAAGCAAUGACUGAAUCAGAAGAAAUGGCAUCAGAUUUGCUUUUAAGAUGAAUAGAGACUUAUUUUCUUUAUUAAAGUAUUCUUCUAAGAAAACAUGUAUUUGUAUGAACAGUUUCCUGUGUCAAGUAUCUGUGCAAUCAGAGCCGACUUGUAAAGUAUUCUUGUAAUAUCUCAUUAUUUUCAAAGAUUUAUAUGAUAAAUUCUAGAUAUCUGACCAAUAAAACUGAUGAAAACAA